UUACAUACUUCUGUCCUCGUCUGAGGCGCUCAUUCCUCGCUCGGAGUCGCUGAGGCCGCUACAGUUGCUGUGAUCGCCGCCUAGUGUUUUCGCGCUCCUCCCUUUCCUCCUCCUCUUUCUCCUCCUUCUCUGAGUCCCAGUCAGGCCGACCUUCUCCACCUUCUCCGCUCGGGGGCAGAAAACUGAAACUUAACUUUCUACCUUGUCUGGAGUCACAUGGUGACUCUGCAACUUGAUGGACGACGACAACCCUUUUCAACCAAAAAAUAAUACAAAAAUGGCAGAACUCUUUAUGGAAUGUGAAGAAGAAGAGCUGGAACCAUGGCAGAAGAAAGUAGAAGAAAUUCAGGAUGAAGACGAUGAUGAGCUGAUCUUUGUUGGAGAGAUAUCAAGAUCAAAACCAGCCAUUUCAAAUAUUUUGAACAGAGGUAAUUCCAGCUCAUCUUCAAAAGGAAUAAAGAAUGAGACACUCAGUCAAGGUGUUACUGAUGCCUUCAAGCCUACUAGUCAACACUACAAAGACCCAACAUCAAAUCCAGUGGAUGCCUUGCCUAGAUUUCAUCCUGAAUCUAAAUCUUCACCAAGUUCUGUUAUUGUUCGGACGGUGUCUAAACCUGAUUUUACAAAGAAUUCAUCACAAGUUGAAUCGGAUGAUUCUCCAGAUUUACUCUUUGACUUGACCCAGGAUACAAUACCACUGUCCCAAGAGGGAUCAACAAUUUAUAUAGAAGGUAUGGAUCAAACUCUGCCUAUAUUAAAACGUCCUUCUGCUUCUAAAGUAAACAGUGUUAGUCCAAAAAAGCGAAAGACCAGUGAAGGUACUCCUGAAAAAAAUCCUUGCUCUUCAUUGUCUUCAGUGAACUCUCCUUCAGUGACACCCUCCCAUGUUAUGAUAUCAAAAGGUACAAAUACCUCAUCAACUCACUGUAAAACUGGAACGCCGUUUCUAAGAUCUUGUCCAAAGUGCAAUGUUCAGUUCAAUCUUUUGGAUCCUUUGAAAUAUCACAUGAAGCGUUGUUGUCCAGACAUGGUAAAUAAAUUUUUGGAAAUGAUUAAAGUAGAACUUUCAAGUACUGAAAAUAAAAAUAAGACUGGUGCAGAGAAAGGAAAACUGAUCAUGUUAGUUAGUGACUUUUACUAUGGAAGACAUGAAGGAGCUGUUGAUGAUGAACAGAAGACUUACACAACCUUUAAAUGCUUCAGUUGCUUGAAAGUUCUUAAAAAUAAUAUUAGGUUUAUGAACCACAUGAAACACCAUUUGGAACUUGAGAAGCAGAACAGUGAGAGCUGGGAGAGCCACACCACCUGCCAGCACUGCUACCGUCAGUAUCCUACACCAUUCCAGCUGCAGUGUCACAUUGAGAGUACACACACCCCCCAUGAGUUUUCUACUAUUUGUAAAAUCUGUGAAUUAUCAUUUGAAACAGAACAUACUCUUUUACAACAUAUGAAGGACACUCAUAAACCCGGGGAAAUGCCAUAUAUUUGCCAGGUUUGCCAGUUUAGAUCAUCAACAUUUUCUGAUGUAGAAACUCACUUUAGAGCAUCCCAUGAAAACACUAAGAACUUGCUGUGUCCAUUUUGCCUCAAAGUUAGUAGAAUGGCAACCCCCUACAUGAAUCAUUACAUGAAGCAUCAGAAAAAAGGAGUUCAUCGUUGUACAAAAUGCAGACUACAAUUUUUGACCUGCAAGGAGAAAAUGGAUCACAAGACCCAGCAUCGGACAUUUAUAAAGCCUAAAGAGCUAGAAGGAUUGCCUCCUGGUACAAAAGUUACUAUUCGAGCUUCAAUUGGACCUCUUCAUUCGAGGCCGUCAACUACAUCUUCCAGUAGUACUCCAAGCACUUCUUCUCUUCAGGUCUCACCUCCAAAGUCGAAAAGUACAACUGCUAAAAAUCCCACAAAAGCUAAUGCAAGUAAAUCUAAAACAAGUAAGCCUCAUGCAACUGCAUCCACUGCAAGUAAACCUAAUGCAAGUAAGCAAGGUAGAGGUACAUCUAAAUGCAAAGCGAAAACCUCUUACAAGCAAAAGAAACAACGCAACAGAAAAAAUAAAAUCAGCAUAGCUUUGAAGAACUUAAGGUGUCGUCGGGGAGUUCACAAGUGCAUUGAAUGUCAUUCCAAAAUAAAAGAUUUUGCAAGCCACUUUUCAAUAUAUAUUCACUGUAAUUUUUGCAAAUACAACACUAACUGUAACAAAGCCUUUAUAAAUCAUAUGGUGAGCUCUCAUAGCAACCAUCCAAGUAAACGGUUUUAUAUUUUUAAGAAGCAUUCUGGAACUCUCAGGGGCAUUACUCUAGUGUGCCUUAAAUGUGAUUUCCUAAGUGAUUCUUCUGGUUUAGAUCAUAUGGCUAAACACUUAAGUCAACGUAAAACUCAUACUUGCCAAGUUAUAAUAGAGAAUGCUCCUGAAAGUACCUCAACUUCUGAACCCACUUCUGACCGCUUGUUGACAUAGAUUCCUGCUCUAUGGAGCUCGUGCAACCUGGUGCAAGACAAGUUGGAAUUUCCUAAGUUCAAAGUUCUGAAGUGUUUUCUUACACAAAGGCAGUUUCCUAAGUUCAAAGUUCUGAAGUGUUUUCUCACACGAAGGCGGUUAAACAGCCAAGUUCAUGACACUAGCGCUCAUUAUUCAGCUCUUUUCAGCUUUCAGAUGGCA